GUCCAUUCCUAACGGCAACAAGCUAGAGAGAGAAUGGAAACCUAGAGAGAUAUGUGCCGUCGCCCGAGGAGAGCAAGGAGGCGGUGAGGCAGAGCAAUGAACAGCGCCACCACAACCAGCUACGAGGAGAGCAUCGGCUCCUGCCGCCCUCCCACGCCGCCUACUCCUCCCGCUCCACCUCCUCCGGCGGCGGGCCACCGUGGCGCCCCCAUGAGGCGGCAGCUCGACUUCGGCGGCGGCGGCGACCUGGACGACGGCGGCGGCGGCGGCGACCUGGACGACGGCGGCGGCGGCGGCGACCUGGACGACGACGGCGGCGGCGGCGACCUGGACGACGACAGCUUGCUCUGCCGCGCCUUGGACGACAUUGAGCGGGGCUAUAGCGAGGCCAAGCGUCGGGCUCCGCCGUGCAUCUGCCGGCGCGGUGGCGUGUGCGCGGUGGAGCGGGACGAACAGCGCGGCCGGUGGAUGUACGUCUGCCCGUCGCGGCCGAAGUGCAAGCAUGUUGCUUUGUAUGAGGAAGUUGAUCUUAAUCUAAAGUUGAAGCCUGCUUUAAGCAUUCAUCCUAAAGCAAGCAAUUCUUGUGUGUUGAACGGUUCAAACAAUCACAUGGUUGAUGCUAGAGCUGCAAUUAAUGUUAGUCUCCGGGGUGUUGGUGCUACAACCUCAGUCUAUGUCAGUCCUCAAGGUGCUCAUGCUACAACUCCAGUUAAUAUUGGUCCCCGAGGUGCUGGUGCUACAACCCUAGUCUAUGUUAGUCCCCACGGUGCUCAUGCUACAACUCCAGUUAAUAUUGGUCCCCGAAGUGCUAGUGCUACAACCCGAGUUUAUGUCCAUCCCCAAGGUACUUGUGCUGCAACUCCAGUUAAUGUUGGUCCCCGAGGUGCUACUGCUACAACCCGAGUCUAUGUCAGUCCUCAAGGUGCUCAUGCUACAACUCCAGUUAAUAUUGGUCUCCGAAGUGCUAGUGCUACAACCCGAGUCUAUGUCCAUCCCCAAGGUGCUCGUGCUGCAACUCCAGUUAAUGUUGGUCCCCGAGGUGCUACUGCUACAACCCGAGUCUAUGUCAGUCCUCAAGGUGCUCAUGCUACAACUCCAGUUAAUAUUGGUCCCCGAAGUGCUAGUGCUACAACCCAAGUCUAUGUCCAUCCCCAAGGUGCUCGUGCUGCAACUCCAGUUAAUGUUGGUCCCCGAGGUGCUACUGCUACAACCCGAGUCUAUGUCAAUCCUCAAGGUGCUCAUGCUACAACUCCAGUUAAUGUUGGUUCCCAAGGUGCUGGCGCUACAUCUCCAGAUAAUGUUAGUCCCCAAGGUGCUAGAUCCAAUGAACCGCUGAUCUGCUUGUGUACAGCUGGGAAGUGCACCAAGUCGAUAGAGAAAGGGAAACAGUACUAUGUAUGUCCUAUACCGAAGGGACAAGGUGCAUGUAGUCACAAGGUGCUAGUCAACGCAGUCGCUAAAGAGCCACCACAAACUGGAAACAACAAUACAAGAGGGAUAAACGAUGGAAACAAUCUACAACUGGGAGACAAAAAUGCAAAUGGAUCAGUCAAUCCUGCUCAACCUGGAGACGAUGAAUGGCCAUUUGUUAUAGUUGAUAAUGAUAUUGUACCCACAGCUCAGCCUGCGGCCUGUGAUGAAGUUCGUCAGGAAUCACCCAGUAUGCUGCACCAAUCAAUUGCCAUGGUGAAAACACCCGAAAAGUCACCCAUGCCACCUAAUGGCACCCACUGCCCCUUUACUCCUGGUUCAGACAUCUGCUUCCAAUGCCAUGAAAAAGGGCACUGGUCCAAGGACUGCCCUAAAUCAUCUCCUGGAAGCAGUCCUUGUUACUGGUGCGGCAUGGUCAGGCACUGGAAGGCUGAUUGUCCGCCACUGCGUGAUAGAAGAGAGCUUUGAGAAUGCAGUGAUCUCCUCUUGCCUCUGUGCUAUCUCCCUGAUAAGAAGUUAGGGAUCAGAGAAAUACUAUUCCACUUUCGCAUGGUAACUGAAGUUGUAAUAUAUUUCUAGGGUUUAGGCUGGACACUGGCUAAAUGUUGGUGCCUGACCGUUAAGAGUCCCAAAUAUGUUUGGGCCAAUUAUCUGCCUGUUUAGUAACUUGAUAUGCUAGAAAUAAGGUUGUAGUUUAUGUUGGUCGAGAUUCGGAUCUUUUGUAUGUAUCUAUGUGGUAAUUUUUUUCUUGUUGGAAAAGGGAGCAUUAUUAUCUCACAACAUUUUUACA